GUGACAUCCACAAUGAAAAUUCCACGAGUCUCCAGAAGAAGAAGAAGAAGCGCAAGGCUCGCUCUCCCUCGCCCGAGCCUGCUGAGCAGGAGGAAAGCUUUCCCGCUGUGGAGCAAGCGGUCAAUGAGGAAGAUCAUGAAGUUGCCGAGCACCCAGCCAAGAGGCCGAGGCUGGACGAUCCCAUGCCAGUACUUACGGAUGAGCUGGACUAUCUGGAGAAGAAGGACUUUGUUGCAAGUGGAGGAUUGACUGGUCCGGCGGGCGGGGAUGGGGAGAAGCUUCAGCUCAGCCACCAGGUUCGACAUCAAGUCGCUGUGCCUCCCGGAUAUCCAUAUAUUCCGAUCAGUCAACACGUCUCCCCCUCUAAGCCAGCCAGAGAGUACAAGUUUGUUCUCGAUCCCUUUCAGAAGGUUUCGGUUCAUGCGAUUGAACGGAAUGAGAGUGUCCUCGUGUCUGCUCACACUAGCGCCGGCAAAACUGUCGUUGCCGAGUAUGCCAUUGCUCAGUGUUUACGAGACAAGCAGAGGGUUAUUUACACAAGCCCAAUUAAGGCAUUGUCAAACCAAAAAUAUCGUGACUUCGCAGAAGUAUUCGGCGACGUUGGUCUCAUGACUGGCGACGUGACUAUCAACCCGUCAGCAACAUGUCUCGUCAUGACCACAGAGAUUCUGCGAUCUAUGCUCUAUCGGGGUUCCGAGAUAGUGCGUGAAGUUGCUUGGGUGAUUUUCGACGAGAUCCACUAUAUGCGCGACAAAGAGCGAGGCGUGGUCUGGGAAGAAACUAUCAUCCUCCUUCCGCACAAGGUUCAUUUCGUCUUCCUUUCCGCCACGAUACCGAACGCACUCGAGUUUGCACAAUGGAUAUCUAAGCUUCAUAACCAGCCGUGUCACGUUGUUUAUACCGAUUUCCGCCCAACACCACUGCAGCAUUAUCUAUAUCCGGCCGGUAGCAAUGGGAUUUUCCUUGUUGUCAAUGAGAAGAGCGAAUUCAAAGAAGAUAACUUUCAAAGAGCUAUGGCAGCAAUUGCAGAUGCUAAGGGUGACGAUCCAUCUGAUCCCAAUGCUGGUUCGGGAAGGAAAGGAAAGUCCAAGAAGGGGGUGGACAGAGGUAUGUGCUACAGCUCUCAAUCCGAUAUCCACAAGCUAGUCAAGAUGAUUUCGCAGAAGGGCUACGGACCGGUCAUAGUGUUCUCUUUCAAUAAGCGCGAGUGUGAAGCCCUCGCUAUGGCAAUCUCCAAGCUUGAUUUCAACACAGACGAUGAAGCAAACAUGGUUGAAGAGGUCUACAAGAAGGCUAUCAAUGCUCUGACAGAAGAAGAUCGCAAGUUGCCACAAAUUCAGCAUCUGCUUCCUCUUCUGAAGCGCGGCAUUGGUGUACAUCAUGGUGGUCUGUUGCCCAUUUUGAAAGAAGUUGUUGAAGUUCUCUUCCAAGAAGCAUUGAUCAAAGUUCUUUUCGCUACCGAAACGUUUUCCAUCGGUCUAAACAUGCCUGCUCGGACGGUGGUCUUCACGACUGUUCGCAAGUAUGAUGGGAGAGAAUUCCGCAGUUUGUCAUCAGGCGAAUAUAUCCAGAUGUCUGGACGGGCUGGGCGUCGUGGGCUGGACGAUCGCGGCAUUGUUGUGAUGAUGGUUGAUGAGAAACUGGAGCCUGCAGUCGCCAAGAACAUGGUGAAAGGUGAAGCCGAUCGCUUGAAUUCAGCCUUUCAUCUGGGAUACAAUAUGGUGCUCAAUCUUAUGCGAGUUGAAGGCAUCAGCCCCGAGUACAUGCUCGAGCGUUGUUUCUUCCAGUUUCAGAACGCUGCGACUGUGCCCACGCUGAAGACUGAUUUUUCACGGAAGGAAGAGGAGGAAGCCGCAAUUGUCGUGCCCGAGGAGGAGGAGGUCGCUCAGAUUUUCGAUAUCAGGAAACAGCUCGAAGAGCUAAGAGCGGACAUGACAGAAGUUAUCACUCAUCCAACGUACAUCGUCCCCUUCCUCCAAUCAGGACGACUCGUUCAGAUUGUUGUUGAUGGCGUGGAUUUCGGAUGGGGCGUUAUCAUCAAUUACACGAAGCGGACACCACCAAAGAACAGGCCCACGCCAAACAUAAAGGAAAAACCACAAUUGCAGUAUAUCUUGGACGUUCUACUCAACAUUUCCACGGAAUCCGGCAGUUCGAAGGAUCCCAUUGGAACAGGUUCUUCCAGGCUUGAUAAACGGCCGGUGCUGAGUGGCGAGAAAGGAGAACCGCUGGUCGUCGGUUGUUUGUUAUCGACUGUGAAUGCCAUUAGUGCAUUCCGGAUAUACCUGCCGAAAGAUCUCAGGAGCGGCCCCGCCCGCGACCAAGCAUGGAGAAGCGUUCUUGAGGUGCAGAAGCGGUUCCCGGACGGCAUCACUCGUCUUGAUCCUGUAAAGAAUAUUGGCAUCAAAGACGAAAGUUUCCUUAAGUUGAUCAAAAAAAUCGAGAUGCUGGAGGAUCGGUUGCUCACCAAUCCGUUGCAUAGUGACCCUCGUUUGCCUGACUUGUAUGAACUAUACGCACAGAAGAAGGAAAAGCACGAGCAAGUCCGACAAAUACGGCGCCGCAUACAGGCAGCCAACGAUGUUCUGCAAUUGGAAGAACUAAAAAGUCGAAGGCGUGUCCUAAGGCGUCUUGGUUUCACUAAUUCGAACGAUGUCGUGGAUGUCAAGGGCCGCGUCGCUUGUGAAAUCAGUGCUGGCGACGAGCUGCUGCUGACUGAAAUGAUGUUCAACGGCGCGUUUAACCCUCUCAGUCCCGAGCAAUGCGCAGCCGUGCUAAGCUGUUUUGUCUUCACCGAAAAGAGCGAGAAAUCUCUCAAGCUCGGUGAAGAGCUUGCAGCACCCCUACGUCAACUACAGGAGCUGGCGCGGCGGAUUGCCAAGGUCGCUCAAGAAUCAAAGCUUCCAGUCGUCGAAGAGGAAUAUGUCAUGUCCUUCCGAGUCGAGCUGAUGGAUGUCGUUAUAAGGUGGUGCCGUGGCGCAUCCUUUGGAGAGAUCAUCAAGCUGACGGAUCAGUUCGAGGGAAAUCUCAUUCGUGUAUUCCGUCUCCUUGGCGAACUCAUUCGGCAGAUGGUGGAAGCUUCUCAGGCAAUCGGAAAUGAGGAACUGAAGGAGAAAUUCCAGAAGGCUCGCGACAUGCUUGAACGACCAAAUUCGGUCAUCUUCACGGGCUCCCUGUACUUGUGAUCACGUUUCUUUUUAGUUCAUUACAGCGAUUCCUACAGUGACUGAUCAUUUGGAGGCUUCAGGCUGGCUUCCGUGCGUGUUGGAUCUUAAACAUGGCGACUGGCCUGGUUGCUGUCCUCGAAGAUGUUAGAUUAACGGGCGGUAAGGUUACCAGGCUUUUCCUGGAACUGACACGACCCAUUCAUCUUUCAUCUCUGUCAGCAGAGGUUUUGACUAUUCUCGUGAAUGGAGACUGGACAACUUCUGCGCACUCUGCUCAGCUAGGAACUCCAUGCACAAUCUCUGCGCUUGUCCGGGCGCGUACCCCGCACUGCCCACGCUGCGUUCCUGAUGUUUGAUACUUGGCCCCAGGACUCUCUGAACUCGAAAGAACCGCGGGCAGUGUACAUACCCACUACCAGAUCAGGUC